UUUUUUUAGUUCCCUCCACGCUCCUGUUCCUGUGCCGCUUAGUUCCUCCGUGCAUGGUUGCGGUGCUUCUUCAUGAUUCUUUAACAACCCCCCUUUCCUCUUAACUCCCCAUUAAAACACUUUGAAAGAGUGAUGGGCAGAGGAAGCGCUCUGCAGACGGCCUUGGGUUCCCACGUGGCUCUCAUUUAAUAGUUGGGUUCUUUGAGGCUUGUCACAACUUACCUCAGCCUGGGCUCCUUGUCUGUAACCUGAACAAUAUAGAAACGCCCUCAGAGUUGAUCUGGGAGGACUGGACUGUGUAUGGCGCAGCGACUUCUCCUGAGGAGGUGUCUGGCUUCCAUCAUCUCCCGGAAGCCCCCUCAGAGUGGGUGGGCACCCCUCACCUCUGGGACCCUGCAGACCCUACAGCUCAGUCCUGGUGGUCUGGCAGUAACAUCCUGCCAAGCUCAGUCAAUAUACACCAGCAGAGUCUGUGCAACCACCUUUAACAUCCAGGAUGGACCUGACUUUCAAGACCGAGUUGUCAACAGUGACACACCAGUGGUUGUGGAUUUCCAUGCACAGUGGUGUGGCCCCUGCAAAAUCCUGGGGCCAAGGUUGGAGAAGAUGGUGGCCAAGCAGCAAGGGAAGGUGGUGAUGGCCAAGGUGGACAUUGACGACCACACAGACCUCGCCAUAGAGUAUGAGGUGUCGGCCGUGCCCACCGUGCUGGCCAUCAAGAAUGGGGACGUGGUGGACAAGUUUGUGGGCAUCAAGGACGAGGACCAGCUGGAAGCCUUCCUGAAGAAGCUGAUUGACUGACGAGCAGGGAAGAGUCCUGAGGGCCCUGACCCUCCAGACCCGCAGCCCCUGGGGGAUCCUGCUAGAACUCGGCCCCUUCCUUCCUGCUGCCCCGGGGGGCCGGCGUUGAGGAGACCAGGCUCCAAACCUGGGAGCCUCGCGUCCCGCCCGCAGCUGCAGGGUGGCUGCCGAGGGCCUGGUGCUGCUGCUCGCUGGGGACAGCCGUCUUCCCCCUUCUCUGCCCCUCAGGGCUGUCACCUCCCGCCCAGGCUGCUGGGGGAGUGCCGGGCUGCCGAGCGGUGCCGGUGCUGUCCCGGCGGGAUGGCUCAGUCCUCUCCCAGCUCCCAGCCUGGCUCAUCGGCCUCCUGCAUUUUUCUUUCCUGUUGCCGUUUUGUAAAAAGAGAAGGAAACAAGGAACCCAGAGCCGCGAGAGUAAUAUAUAAUUCUCUCAUUUUUUGUAGGUGUAUAAUAAAGAACUUUAUGUGACCCUCCUACUCCUGCUGUGAAGAACAGGCCCUGGGCCCCACACUAAGUGACUCUAGCCACCCGCCCCAAGGGUCCGCCUCCCUCCUCUCCUCCCAGGGCCAGGGCGGCGAACACUCGCUGGGGGUGGGGGAGCCCCCCCAGACACCACCCCCACCCCACUAGUGGCUCUUUGGUUUCUGAGCAGGAGGCUUAACUGUGAACAAGCCAAUAAAACUGGGGCUUGCACUGUCAACAGCUUGGGUUCUGUCUGGGCUCCGGG